AUCCUCCGGAACAACGCCAGCCAGUCAUGAAUCUCCCGAAGACUCUUCUGCUGGUAGUUUAAUGGACGAAGUUGCCGAGCAACGACUGUACGUCAUCAGUCGAUCUGGUAGUGGAGAGGCCAUGUAUUUGGUUCUGGAGGAAGAUUUAACGGAUUUUGUUUCUUAUAAAGUUAAAAUAGAACAUUGGACUCAGAUCAAAGAUUUGGUGGAUUUUGGUGUAGCGGUUGUGAGGAAUAAUGUUUAUAUUAUCGGCGGGUAUGAUAGCGUUAAUGCUAAACACACUAACAAAGUUCAUAGAUACGAUGUUUCAGAAUUACGCUGGUCGGAAUGUUCACCGAUGCAUUAUGGCCGCUCAAAGUUUGGUGUUGGUGUCGUGGAUGACUGCAUUUAUAUUUCAGGUGGCGAGCGAAAUGGUGGCAAAGUAACUGGUAGUUGUGAAAUGUACAAUAUGAAUACUGGUGUCUGGAUGAAAGCUGGGAUGUUGAUAUCACCAAGGUUCAACCAUUCCUGUACUGUUGAUGGAAACGAGGUCUACUGUGCUGGAGGUUUCCAUGGUAACCAAAGUAACAGUAACCUAUGGGUUUAUGAGGAGUAUAAAUGGAGCGAAUUAGAUCGGGACUACCCUCACAAACUACCAGUACCCUUAGACAGAUUUUGUGCCAUAACUGUGGGUGGUACCUUUUACUUUAUAGGAGGUGUGAGUUGCAGGGUUUCCACAAGAACUGGUAAAGCCAGACUCUUCACCCAGUCGGACAUGUUCUCCUACACAUCUUCAAUAUCUAUAGACCAGGAUAUAACAGAAGCAUCGGAUAUGUUGAGUCCCUGGAAUUACAGACUCCCUUCAUUACAUCAUGCACGACACAGCGCUGGUGCAGUAUUAAUAGGUAAGAAGAUCUAUGUUAUAGGCGGGUCUAAUUUAGAUACUGAGCAAUCCGUCAGAAUGGUCGAAUGUUUUGAUCUCAAGAGAAGACGUUGGAAAGAAGACUUCAGAUUUCGAAAAGGUGAUGUAUCUAAUGUUGUCUGUGCUAUAUUAAAAGUCCCAAAUAUUCCAGAAAGUGAAAGGCAAUUGACUUACAAACUAAAAUGGGUGAUGUGGUGAUAUUGCCACGUUUAAUGCCAAAAUGCCAUUUUAAUAGGACACGUUUGUCUCGUUCGUGUAAAUAGUAGUUUGGUUGCCACCAUACUCUGUUCUAUACAGAGUUAUCUUUUCCUGGAAAAGUUAAGGGCUCCUUGCCUGGGCACUACUUUAUUGACAAUUACUUUUGAUAGGUACUCAGUGCUAAACGGUCGAGUUUAAUUCUCGGGAUUACA